GAACCUUUGUACCCGGGAUGCACAAAGUUUACACGUUUGUCAGUUGUUUUAAAAUUGUUUAAUUUGAAGGCAAAAAAUGGAUGGAGUGAUAAAAGUUUCACAUAAUUGCUUCAACUGUUGACAACUAUACUUCCAGAAGGUAACACAAUGCCGAAUCGUUAUUACGAGGCCAAAAAAAUAUUGUGUCCGAUGGGUAUGGAGUAUGUAAAAAUACAUGCAUGCCCUAAUGACUGCAUCUUAUAUAGAAAAGAGUUUGAAAAACAUGAUCAUUGUCCGAAGUGCAAGGUGUCACGCUACAAAAAGAAAGACGUUGAUUCUAGAGAUGAUGCGAGCACAAAGGGUCCUCCUGCCAAAGUGUUUUGGUACCUACCAAUAAUUUCAAGGUUCAAGAGAUUGUUCUCUAAUCCAAAGGACGCAAAGAACCUUAGAUGGCACGCAGAUGAGAGAAAACGUGAUGGAAAAAUUUGCCAUGUAGCUGAUUCUUUGCAAUGGAAGAAAAUCGAUUCUUUGUUUCCAUAUUUUGGCAAAGAGAAAAGAAACCUUAGACUUGGACUUUCUACUGAUGGAAUGAAUCCAUAUGGUAAUCUAAGUAGUAAACAUACUUCAUGGCCCGUUCUCUUGAUAAUUUACAACCUACCUCCUUGGUUGUGCAUGAAGCGUAAAUAUAUUAUGUUAUCGAUGAUGAUUUCGGGCCCAUAUCAACCAGGUAACGACAUAGAUGUUUAUCUAAGUCCAUUGAUUGAUGAUUUAAGAUUGUUGUGGGAAGAAGGAGUUGAUGUUCUUGACGCGUACUCCGGGGAACAUUUCAAUAUGCGUGCCAUGUUGUUUUGCACCAUCAACGACUUUCCGGCAUACGAUAAUUUGAGUGGGUACACAGUUAAAGGGCAUAAAGCGUGCCCUAUAUGUGAGGCUAAAACAUGUUAUCAUCAACUGAAACAUGGAAGCAAGACUGUUUAUCUUGGGCAUCGAAAAUUUCUAAAUCGUUAUCAUCCAUAUCGUAAGAUGAGGAAAGCUUUCAAUGGUGAACCGGAGAGGAAGUUUAUCAACGACAACAAAAUGUGGAGGUUACCUUUGGAAAGAAAAAAAAGAAAGAAAAAUGUUUGUGAUAGUAUAGUUGGAACACUUCUCGACAUUAAAGGCAACACAAAAGAUGGUUUAAAUGCUCGUCUAGAUUUGAAGGAGAUGGGUAUAAGGCAGCAGUUAACUCCACAACAAAAAGGUAACAGAACAUUUUUACCUCCAGCAUGUCACACUUUGUCCAAGAAAGAGAGAAGAAGUUUUUGUGAGUGUUUACAAGGUAUCAAAGUGCCGCAAGGUUACUCAUCAAAUAUCAAGAGGCUUGUAUCAAUGGAUGAUCUCAAGGUAAUUGGCUUAAAAUCUCAUGACUCUCAUGUUUUGAUGCAGCAAUUACUACCGGUAGCUAUUCGUGGAAUAUUGCCUAACAAAGUUAGAAUAACUAUAACUAAGUUGUGUUUAUUCUUCAAUGUAAUAUGUAGUAAAGUCAUUGAUCCGUUGAAGUUAGACGAGUUGGAACAUGAGGCUGCAGUUAUCUUGUGUCAAUUGGAGAUGUAUUUUCCUCCUUCAUUUUUUGAUAUUAUGGAACACUUGAUUGUUCAUUUGGUGAGGGAGAUUAGACAGUGUGGUCCAGUUUAUUUAAGAUGGAUGUAUCCAGUUGAGCGAUACAUGAAGAUCUUGAAAGGGUAUACGAUGAAUCUACACCAUCCAGAAGCAUCAAUUGUUAAAAGGUACAUUGCAGAAGAAGGUAUUGAGCAUUGUUCAGACUAUUUGUCAGAUGUGGAUUCUAUAGGAGUUCCCAAGUCUCGUCAUGAUGAAAGUUUUGAAGGUACGGGACAAGGUUUAAAUGUUAAGACCAUGUUUUGGGAUGUGAUCCAUCCAGCACAUUUGUUUAUAUUGAAUAACACUGAUGAAGUUCAACCUUACUUAUCUACUCACAAAAAUAUUGUAAAGAGAAAUUACCCCAAGAUGAAUGAGAAAGGGUUGUUAAGAGAGCAUAAUAAGAGUUUUUCCGAUGGGUUUACAGAAAGAUUUGCUAAUGAUGAAAGUGCCUCUAAUACAAUUAAAUGGUUGGCACGUACGCCUAAGUUUAACAUUAUAACUUGGAGUGCAUAUGAUAUUAAUAAAACUACAUUUUAUACAAAAGCAAAGGAUGAUAAAAGUACCAUGCAAAAUAGUGGGGUUAUGGUUGUGGCUGAGUCGAUGCACUUCUCUAGUUCGAAAGAUAAAAACCCUAUAAUGGCAUCUACACCAUACUAUGGGAUAAUUGAAGAGAUUUGGGAGCUUGAUUAUACUACAUUUACAGUGCCUAUAUUUAAAUGCAAAUGGAUUGAUAUUAACAAUGGUGUAAGAAUUGAUGAAUUAGGAUAUACACUAGUCGAUCUUUCCAAGCCAGCUUAUAGGGACGAACCCUUCAUUAUGGCAUCCCAAGCAAAACAAGUGUUUUAUGUCACGGAUCCUUCUAACAAAAGACGAUGUGCACGCUACUCGUUCGGAUCAUGA